UCAAUCAUUCUUUACUAUAAUAAUUUCAAUGUGUGAGCGUAUUUAAAAAUUCUACAAAAUACGCGUCUGUGGGUCGCUUGUUAUCUGCAAUAAAAUUAUUUAUCGUGAUAGUUUUAGAGAAUUCAAUCGCUUUAUUGAUUGUGAGUGAAAAUGUUAUUAUGUUGUAAUUAAAAUAAAGGCGAGUAACCUAUUUUCUUAUGGUUUACCCUGCCGGCCAUUCCAGCCCAAAUUGUAGGGCCACUAAUAAAGUAUAUAUCUGAUAUUUAGAUAAUAUGAUGAAUACAAAUCAGACUUAUAAAAUGAAGGAUACGACUAACGAGCACGGAGACAAUAAAGCCAAGUCAACACCAAUUGCUAUGGUGGCACCGGAACUAAAACAAAAUGCAGAUGCUGAUACAGAGAUAACAAAGACUUGUGCUGUCUUGGGAUGCGAGGAUUCUAAGAAUUUAGAUGCUGAGUUGUUUUUUAGGUUCCCUGAAGACCCAAGUCUCCGUCAGAUAUGGACGGACCUUACAGGGCGCAACAACUGGACGCCAACUGACUAUUCCUACAUCUGCAUGCAACAUUUCUCUGUCGAUUGUUUUAAAUGCGACGAGAAUGAUCAAAUGGUGAUAGUUGAUAAGGCAGUACCCUCUCUUAAGUUACCUAGACAUGUUUUGGAGGUUGAAUAUAUCGACGAGGAAACUUUAGAAAAUGAGGAUGAGGAGUAUAUGACCACUGAUGAAGAAGAAGAAAAACCUAAUAAUACGUCGCUAGACCUCAACAUACCUCCGAAAGAAUUAGAAAGUAUUGAACUCCUCAAACUGUUCACUGAAGUCCAAAGACUGCAGAGACAAGCUGUUGGUCUUAAAGACAAACUUAAAUACAACAUGAAAGUACACACUAGACAAAACAGAUUUCUUAAAAGAAUAAAGGAAAUUAUAGAAAUGAAGAAAAAGGUUCUCAAUCAAAAACGAAAGAAGAAAUGUAGAAUCCUUUUGUCAUUACAGGAUAAAAUUAAAGAGGAUACGACUGGAUUAGUGUUGGCCAUGCCGAUGCGACAGACAGACGACCUAAAAAACUUUGCUCUUAGCAUUUACAAGUACUCACCGCAAGCCUAUAUUUACAUUAGAAACACGUUACGAACGAUGUUGCCUAGUACUGAAAUCUUGGACUCUUGGAUCACGGCGGGUUACCAGCCUAGAAACGUAAUAGCCAAUAGCAACCUUAUCAAAGUGGUGGCUGAGCAAACAGAGACGCAACUUUCGUGCAAGGUUAUUAUAGGUUAGUAAGUGUAAAUCACGUUGAUUUGAUAAAUAAAUUAGGACUUUUUCCCUUUC